AUGCCUCAUGAUGAAAGCUUUCCCGACACAAGACAACAAAGUAGAGAUUCCUACCCUUUCCCAUUGAAUAAUACCUCAGCAGAGGAAGUUGAAGCCGAGUCAAAGAGAAGAGGGAAAAGCAUUUUUCAAAACUAUGAAAUCCUUGGAAAGAUUCUCGAAAGACACGAAGAGAGCAUACAAAAACGAUGGCUCAAGAAAAGUAGAAAACAGCGGCUCCAGAUUCUUCUUAGUGCAUGGCCAGACAUGCCACCAACCCAUCGACCUUUCUAUGACUAUUGGCGCCAGGUUGAGACGGAUGCCACGGUCAAGGUCAAGCAUCAUAGUUCAAUACUGUGGCUUUUUAUCAACAAGGACUCCCUUGGGAAGCCUACGCCGCUACUCUUGCUUCUUAAUUCCAGAGGCCGCCAUCCGCCCCCUUUCUUCAUUGAUACUGAUUCACAAUACGUCCAGAGAGCAGCAUUGGCCGAUAUGCUAGUAGAUGGCCCGCUGUUCCCCACGAGAGGCAUGCAAUUGAUCCUCCGUGGCGUCUCCUCUGGCGACGUUUAUGGAACUCUGAGAGAAGUCCCAAACGUUGACCGGGGAACCUGGCUUCAUUUGUCAACCAAAGACUAUGACUGGCCUACAUCUGACGUAUAUGGCAAGAAGUGGCUUCAAAAUCAAUUCUCGACGUCAUUCGGCAUGGUGAUUCUAGAGAUACAGGAGCGCUUAAUGGACUUCCUUGUCAAAUGUUGCCAUCAAAUUCUUCACGACAUCGAGCCAGAUAAUCUGUUCAGUGAUAUUUAUUCUGUUCAGCCUGAGCCAGAACUCCCCCUGAAUACCCAGACCCAGGGGAUACAAACGUCCCUGCUCGAGAUAACUGUCGAAGCCCCCUACCGUGUUCCGACUCGGCUUGACUUUGCCAACCUUGAAAAGCUACUUGCGGCCAAAGUCGCGGCUGCAGAGGAUCAUGUUUGGACGAUGCGCGAGGAUCCCAAUUAA